UAUUUACUGCUUUUGCGGCUUUUGUACAGAUCUGCGUAGAAAUUCGAAUCCAAAUUUCGUGAAAUUUGGUCUCAAAUCGAAAGGUAAUACUACUUCUAGAAGCAAUGGAUGAUUUGGAAAACCUAUGUCGAGUAUGUGUGGCUAGCGGAAGUGCAGAUGAGCGUUUGUUAAUUAAUAUAUUUGAAACGAAUAUUCAUGAAACAACGAUACCGCGAUUUUCUAUACUCGAAUCCUUGCAAACUAUUUGUGGCUUGAAGCUAUCCGAAGAUGACCUCUUGCCGAAUAGUAUUUGCUCAGUGUGUCUUUCACGUUUGGAGGAGGCUUACAAGCUGCGGGAACUGUCGCAGACAUCCCAGGAAGCGUUGUAUGAUAUGGUUUUCAAAGCAGAAAAGGCCGAUAUAGUACCAGAAGAAGAAGAAAAUGCCACUGAAUAUGACGAUGAGAUCUAUGAAGUUGAGUAUUUGGAAGAACCUGAUGCUCCUCUGAUGAUAGAGGCCCAUGAAACUGAGAUAAAAAUUGAGGAAAGCGAAAUCGUAGAACCAGAGCAGAAUAAGCUGUCCUGCUGUGGAUGUCAAGCGGUGUUUGACACCGAAAUGCAGUUACAUGUGCAUUCUAUUCGUAAGCAUCGUCCUCGUUCAGAACUGGAUUUACCAGAAAACAAAGUCCAGUGUAGAAUUUGUUAUGCGUUUUUCCCGAAAGAAUUCAACGAUGGCAUUCAUAAGAUUAGUGAAAAAAUCGUAAAGCCUAUGCAGAAGUGUGGGUACUGUGGUUGCAACUUUUUCACGGAAGGAGGACUCUCACGUCAUAAAUUGCAAUUUCAUAAAGAUGAAUUCCAUAAAUGUUGCAUGUGUAGCUUUAAAUGCCACGAGAAGGAUAAGCUAUUAGAACAUGCCAUCUGCCAUAGAACAACUUCAAAUGCAAAUGUAAGUGGUAAGGCAUAUCAGUGUACAAUUUGUUCGUCACUCUUUCGAACACCUCUGGAGCGACAAUCCCACGAACGUUUUCCUUAUAAAAUGUACAAGAAAAAACCUGAAACAGAGGAAGAAGUAACCGUCACUGUUAUAAGAUGUUGUGAUUGCCCUCAUGUAUUUAAUUCUAUGUCCGACUUGAGCGUUCACCAAGAACAGGUUCAUCUACCAAACCGUGUUGAACACAACGAAAAGUAUCCAGUUGAAUGCGGAGGUUGUUACAGACGCUUUAAAUCUAACAGCGGUCUCAACAGUCAUCUACGACGCGCUUCUCAGAGGAAACGGUACGCCUGCAGCAAGUGCAAUGUGACUCGCCGGACCCUCAAGGAACUUCUCCAACAUGAAAUGGGCCACACAGGAAAAGAUGCUUUCCCUUGUUGUGGUUGCAGGAAACGCUAUGAAUCGAAGGAAUUAUUGGAAAAACAUUCACUGGAAGAACACUCCAGCAGACCAAAAACGUACUAUAAAGAUGAGGAAGACAUCACACGACCGUUCGAAUGUAAGAUAUGUUACCGAAAGUACAAAUCCGCCAGAGAUCUACGUGCACAUCAACGGUUUGUCUACUACGAAAAAAUUCACACUUGUGAGAUUUGCGGGAAAAGUUUUCCUCAGCAAAAGAGCCUUGUCUUGCACAUUGCCUCCCACAAAACAGAAGCGGAAUUUCCUUGUCCCAUCUGUGACAAAAAGUACAAACAUAAGGCCAAGGUGCGUAGUUGCGUAGUUCGUCACGAACGCCCCAGACAGCACAAGUGCAAAAUCUGUAACGUCAUUUUCUCGCGUGCCUCGAACCUCUAUUCCCAUAUGAUAUCUCAUUCAGACGAACGACGCUAUAAAUGUGAUAUCUGUGGUACAACGUUCAAACGUAGCUUCCAUCUCCGCAAGCACAUGUACUCACAUACCACCGAGAUGCGAUACGGCUGUAAGUACUGUUCGACGAGGUUCUCCUCGACGGCUGCAUUGUACAAGCACGAGGUCCGCCAUACAGGAUUGCUCCCCUACGAAUGCGACAUUUGUAACAAAAAGCUAGCAACACGUCAGGUGUUCAUUAAGCACUACGAGGCUCACAUGGACGAGUCGAAGAAAGUUUUUACUUGCGAGUUGUGCCCGGUGAAAUAUAGCCAAAGCCAUUUUCUGUCCAAUCACAUCAAGUACCAACAUCGAAUCGAACCACAGGAAAAACAAUGGAAUGCAAAAUUCAAUCGAAAAGGAUCGAAAAAGAAAGGCGGCUACAGAGUUAGGGGACGUAUAUACGUUGACUCAGCAGUCCAGGAUGAAGAGAUGGUGAUCCUUCCAGACGAAGAACAACAAUUGGAAUAUAUGGAGGAUUCAAGUGAUUAAGUAGACAUUAGAGUUGAUCAAUAAAUUCAAACAUUUGAAAGUA